AUGCGGCUACUCAACACCCGCAGCCUAGAGCUCGAGUUUUUUACCAGCGGGGUUAUACCGCCGUACGCCAUCCUGUCUCACACGUGGGAAGCCGGUGAAGUCACCUUUCAAGAGCUCCAAGGCAACUCUUACAAUGCCUCUUCACAAGGAUGGGUCAAAAUCCAACGGAGUGCCCAGCUUGCUGUAGUGCAGGAGCUUGCCUACAUCUGGAUCGACACCUGUUGCAUCGACAAGUCCAGCAGCGCGGAGCUGUCCGAGGCCAUCAAUUCCAUGUUUCAGUGGUAUGAGCAAGCCGUCGUCUGCUACAUCUACCUGGCCGAUGUGGUAGCCGGGCCAGAUGCCGUUGCUUUCGCGUCCAGCAGCGGCGAGGGGCAGCACAGUCGCUGGUUCAGCCGAGGCUGGACUUUGCAGGAGCUCAUCGCGCCGCGCUGCGCCGAGUUUUACGACUGCGACUGGCAGCCCAUGGGGACGCGGGCCGCUCUCAGCGAUGCCAUCCGCGCCGUGACGGGCAUCCCGACGGACGUGCUGUCAUUCGAACCCACGGCCGGCACCGCGAGCGUCUCACGCCUUUUGGAACACACGUCCGUCGCGGAGCGCAUGAGCUGGGCCGCCCAGCGGAGAACGACGCGCGAAGAGGACACGGCCUACAGCCUUCUCGGCCUCUUUGAUAUUAACAUGCCCUUGCUCUACGGCGAAGGCCGGGCAAAGGCAUUUCGCCGCCUCCAAGAGGAAAUCAUCCGCUCCACCGACGACGAGUCCAUCUUUGUGUGGCGCCUCGACGAGGCGCCGCCCGCGAGCGAUCCCUUUUGCGGGCUCCUCGCCGACGGGCCGGAGCGCUUCGGGCUCUUCACAGACUUCGUGCCGCGACGCUCGCGGUACCUUGCCACCCGGGCGUCGCGCAGCAGCACGCGCAGCGCGUCCCGUCUCGGCGUGCAGGUCGACCUGCCGCUGGCGCCGUUUCCGUGCGACGAGUCGGGCACCCUGUUCCUGGCACUGCUGGCGUGCGACAUGCGGCGGGCGGACGCCGAGGCCAUAUUCACACCGGCGCUGCUGCUGCAGCGCGCCGCACACGAGGACGAGACGCGGUUUGUGCGCGUGCGCGCCGAUCUCGUCCCGCUGUGCAUGAUGAACCGCGUCGUGGCGCCGUACCGGCUGACGCGCCUCAUUGCGGACCUGCAGCGCCGGCAGAUGCCCGAUGACGGCAUCCACGCCGAAGACUACUACGUCGGCAACGUGGCCUUUAAGACGGUGCGGCCCGUGUCCGUCUUUGUGCCCUCGACCGUCGCACCGGCGCUCACGCCCAACGGUAUCCUGCUGUUCCCGGAGCUGCAUGACGAGGGCGCGGGGCGGGCGUCGUCCCCCUUGCGGGUCGUCUCGCGGUCGCCGACCUGGCAAAUUUUCUCGGACAAGAUUGACUGCUACGAGGUCAAUUUCCGCGUGAACCCCGUGCCGCCGGUCGAGAGCAUGACGGGACCGGUGGUAUGCGGGGCGCUGGAGCUGCUGCUGGACAGAGACGCGCCGUUGGCGAGUUUCGGCAUGGGACGGCCGAGGACAACACGCGUGUGUCUGGUGGCCGGGCUGGAGCCGCUGCCGGCGAACCCGUUUGGGACCCCGGGGUUGUAUGCGGUGCCGUGGUAUGCCUUUGAGGAGCCAGACCGGGUCGAGGCCGGGGAUCUGGACGGCGUCAAGGACAGGAGCAGGAGGGUCCUGGAGCUGGUGCAGCCGUUUGCGGUCAAAGCUGAGUUUGAGUUUAUAACGCUGCAGCUAGCUAUGGUUGCGUGA